AUGCCAUCCUAUGAAGAAUCAUACGGCCAGCAAGCCGCCCAAGCAGCAGGCACAGGCGCAACCGACGCCGACGGCGCCGUUCAAGCACCACCCGACUCCAGAUCUCCUUCUGAACUCCCACCUGCCGCCCUCGAGUUAGCAGCGCGCCUCUUCGACCUCGCACGCAGCGGGGACACAUCCACCCUCUCCCAAUACGUCAGCGCCGGCAUCCCCAACAACCUUACCAACGCAUCCGGCGACACACUCCUCAUGUUAGCCUCCUAUCACGGAAAUGCCGAGACUGCGAAGAUGCUCUUGGAUAGCGGCGCGGAUGCAAAUGUGCUGAAUGGGAGGGGCCAGAGUCCUAUUGCGGGGGCGGUGUUCAAAGGCUAUGAUGAUGUUGUUAGGGUGUUGUAUGAAGGGGGCGCGGAUGUACAGAAGGGCCAGCCGAAUGCGGUGGAUUGUGCGAGGAUGUUCAAGAGAGGGAACUGUCUGAAGUUGUUUGGAGUGGAAGAGGGAGAGGGGACUGUGGUGGAUGUAGAUGCGCAUGUUGCGUCGUAG